UGGCGCUUUGAUUAUGUUCCUGUGCUUCUUCCCUCGCUUCCUAUAAAUAGAGCGAACUUCCCAUUUCCCUCCUUUCUGCAGCGGGCACAAACCUUUUCUAUGCCCCCCCCCAAAACCCUAAUCUUCCACAAUUAUAAGAAGAAAAACCCUAGAAAUCUGAACCCUUCUUUUCCUUCUGUUUUGAUCGAUCCUUUAACAAGUAAAUAAACAAGGAAAUGGCGAAGAGGGAAGUAUUAUUAGAUAGAUGGAGAACCAUCGAGGAAGAAGAAGAACUUCACGCCAACGAUGGCGAUAAUCCAGUCAUACGACGCCGUCUUCACCUCCUCAAAGAACAAUGGUUUUCAGACACAUUUAAGUACUUGAUUAGUUUGCCCAGAGAAGAACAUAUAUGGUGUGGAGAUUUUGAUUUGAUGGGCCCACUUUUAGAGACAUUUUACAAUUACUACAAAGAUGACCGGCCGGACUCUCCGCUCCGGCUUCUGUGGAAGAGGAUGUCUGGCGAAAUGCGGCAUUGCAUCCAGUGUGUAUCUCAGCAUCAUCACGCUCAAGAGAUGUAUGACAAGGAGUACGAGACGAGUUCUAUUGGACCACUUCUUGAGGUGUUAAGGAGUAUUGAUGAGGAAAGGGUGACUCGGCAUCUGAGAGAGAUUAAUGAUAGAUUGAAGAAGCAGGAGUAUGAUCAUUUGCGUGAUAAUGUUGAUGUUGUUAGUCUCAUGUAUGAGGUCUUGAUGUUUCCUGUCUUACUGGACGAUCAAUCUUUGCUAUCUGAAUUUGAAUUAUUCAUCGAAGCAGUCGAUAAUAUGCAUGAACUGGCUUUAUCUGGACAUCAACAGUUUCCGGGUGUUUAUGCGUUGCUUUUUCUGAAUAGAAGAGUACGCACUGUUGGUAGACGUUUAGCACGAUCUAUGGAGAAAUUGAGGGGAGCAACAGAUUUGGAACCUUUGCAGCCUUUACUGAAAAAAUUCGUUGGGUUUUUAGAGACAGAAAUACUACCAUCAGCUUCUAAGACUUCGAGGCCAAGAGCACAGAUGGAGCGCCUAUCCAUAUGGCUUGGAAUCACAUCAUUACUUGAGUUCCUAGAACCUCCAGCUUUUGAAGAAGGCAUACUGGAGUGCUAUCCCAUUUUUUUUGAUAUUGUGCUCAACCAUAUCAGUGGCGAUUCAGCUGAAUUCUCUCAUGCAGUAAGCUGUUUGAAAGAACUCUUCAAAAUGCUUGGUUGCAAACUCUGGCUGAGGUCUACGUUGUCUCCAAGUGUGAUGCGUAACACAUUACUGGGCCAGUGUUUCCAUACUCGAAAUGAGAAAAUCCAUAAAGACAUUUUAGAUCUUUUUCCACCUUUUCUGCAGUCCCUUGAGGCUUUGCAAGAUGGGGAACAUGAAAAGCAACGAAGGCACUUCCUUUAUUUCCUACUCCAUCAAGUUCCCGUGAGCAGCAACUUCAAUGUUCUUACAAGAAAACUUGCAUGCAAGAUAGCCCUUCUUAUCGUACACCGAGGCUACAAGAUGAACCCACCAUGCCCCCCUUAUGAAUGUGCUCAUAUGUGGGGCCCUUCACUUGUGGCUACUCUGAAGGAUUCAUCACUUCAUAGUGCUCUCCGGCAACCUGCAUUUGAUCUUAUACAGAUUAUUUUAGUUUCUGAUGCUGCUGCCUUGCUAAGUACAAUGUGGAGUAACCACACAAUUAUUGAUGCUGAUACAAACAUUUGUCUUGAGCUGAAUGAUGAUGUUAAAGAUGAAGAUAGGCUUCCAUUUGUUAUUGACGUCGAAGAUACGGAUGGUAUAUGUUGGAGUGAAUUCAGUGCACAGAGCAAGAUCGCUUCUGAAGAGCACAGAGGAUGGAUGUGCAUUCCCAUGCUAUGGAUUGAUGUUUUAGUUGAUAUGGACCCAUCAGUCCUUCCAUUGUCAUUUUCGAAGGCUGUUUUCUGGGCUCGAUCUCAUUUGACAAUGGUAGAACCUGAAACCAGUGUGCAAACAGUUGGAACCUGGCUUUCAACUUCAGCCACAGAAAUCUCCACUUCAUUUGGGUGGAAGGUUCCGACAGGUUUUGAUGAUGGUGGGGUUGGAAAGGAGUCGAAAAACUCUAUCAAAGUGUCAGUGAUGCAUCUUCCUUUAAUAAGAACAUUCAACAGGUUAACCACACACUUUUUAGCUCUAAUGAGGCUAGGGGAAUUACGGAAGCAAUGGACUUGGGAGCCAAGCAUGGCAGAGAGCUUGAUCCUUUCACUUUUGGAUUCUAAUGAUGAUGUGAGACAAUUUGGCAAAUGUAUCUUGGAGCAGGUCUCAAGCACACGGGGUCUUGCAUGUGGUUUGAAGUUUCUUUGCUCCAGCGGUUGUUCUUUGGCAGCCAUGUUUUUAGGCUUGAGACAUGCUUUGAAAGUGGUUCAACUGGAUUCUGUUGUAUCGAAGUUUCAGACUUUACAACAUUUUUUCUUUGUUCUAUGCAAACUAAUUAAAGAAGGGGAUUUACAUAAACCAGAUUUGCAACAAAAUUCAUCUGAUGACUCAAAGAUCAGAAAGUACUCUUCCCAAGGUGGAUUUCUGACACAUCCGGUCUUUGAUUCUUCUUCUUCAAACAUUGAUGGACAUUCAUUAAAUGUUGACUUGAAAUUGCAAGAGAAAUUUCGCUACUUACUAUCAAGAAUUGCAUGGCCAUCAAUUCGGAUGUUCUUGGUAGAAGGAAAGGCAUUUAUUGAUUACAGUCUUUGUCAGAUGACAUGUGUCCGUGUGCUUGAGAUCCUCCCUGUUGUUUUCGAGAGACUUUUCCAACCUCUGUUUAAACAUGCAUGGGAUAAUGGAAAGAUGGUGGAAAAUCCAUCCAACUUUGGAUGGCUUUAUGAUCUGAUGGAUUGGGGAAAGUCAUCGCUUAAAGUUGUAGUUGUCUACUGGAAGCGAACAGUAAUUUAUCUACUGAAUCUGCUUAAAGGCUUUUGCAGUAAUGCUUCUGAGUUGACUGUCAGGGCCAUUGAAAAACUUAUUUCAUGUGAUAAUAUAAGCAUUGAUCAAUUGACAGAACAAGUAUCACACCUUCGGGUUGCAUUAUCCAAGGAAGUGUCUUUUGAUAAUGUAAUGAUCACUUCAAAACCAAAAGCUCCAGAUGUGCUUCCUGUUCCUGUAGAGGAUGCUGAUGUUCAAAUUCUAGACUCAGUAUCAGUGAGUGAUAAGAGAAAUAAAAGUGACGUGAUUGUAGUUUCAGAUGAUGAAGCUGAAAAACAAAUUUCACCUGUUAAGGUGGCUGCUUCCAAAAGUGACUCAUGUCAAAUAAGUUUGGAUAGCAAGAAAAUUGCUCCUGCUGAUAGAAGUGUUUCACAAACUGAUACUGAAAAUAAGGGAUCUAGAAAUGAUACCUCAAGGGAUCUACUGGAUGACCCCCAACAAAAAUAUGCAUUAGACAUUACCAGUCUCACUUCUCAGAAGCUGGAUUCUGAUAAAUUAAGAGGCAAACAACCUCCUCAUCUCAAAUCAAAAGGUGGAUCUAAAAGCAGUAAAAAUGUUCCUCUUUCAUCCCAAUGUAGAAUUGAUCUGAAGAGUCCUGAGUCUGUCAGCUCAAAAAGCUCGAAUGAAGCUGGCAACAGCAUGAUUUCUGAAACAAGAGAUUCAAUACUGAAGGAGUUAGUGCGUGAAACUGGUGCUAAUCCACCAGAGGCUGCAGUAAAAUCUGUGAGGCAGCAGCAGUUUAAUCUGACAAAGUUAACUGCCACUGUUCUUAAACGACAAGUUAUCCAACUUAAAACACCUGCUGGAAAUAGAUUUGGAAAUUUACAGAGACUGGAGGCUGGAGUUAAAAGAUUCAAGCCUCCUAGACUUGAUGACUGGUAUAGACCCAUUUUGGAAAUAGAUUACUUUGCUAUAGUGGGAUUAGCAUCUGCAAGAAAAGAUGAGAAUCGGACUGUUAGUAGAUUAAAGGAGGUUCCUGUGUGUUUCCAAUCACCAGAACAGUACAUUGACAUUUUCCGGCCACUUGUUUUGGAGGAGUUUAAAGCACAGUUGCGUAGUUCCUUUUUGGAGAUGUCUUCAUGGGGGGAGAUGUAUUAUGGCAGUCUAUCCGUGUUGUCUGUUGAAAGGAUUGAUGACUUUCAUCUUGUCCGGUUUGUCCAUGAUGAAAGUGAUUCUACAUCAUCUAGAAGCUUUUCUGAUAAUGACCUUCUUUUGCUAACUAAAGAAGCUCCAGAAAAUGCAUCCCAUGAUGUUCAUAUGGUUGGAAAGGUGGAGAGGCGUGAAAGAGAGAAUAAAAGAAGGUCAAGUAUACUUCUCAUCAGGUUCUAUUUUCUAAAUGGUUCUUUGCGUUUAAAUCAAGCUAGGAGGCAACUUGUCGAUCGUAGCAAAUGGCAUGCAAGUCGCAUCAUGAGCAUUACACCUCAACUUAGAGAAUUUCAGGCUCUAUCAUCAAUAAAGGACAUUCCCAUCCUUUCAGCUAUCUUAAAACCUGUCAAUGAUUCUCUAUGUAAUAAUGAAUCGAGAGAACUAGGUCUGAGUAAUCUUUCUCAGCCCUUGCAGCAGACACUGAAGUCAUCUUUUAAUGACAGCCAACUGCAAGCUAUAAGUGUCGCGAUUGGAUCAACUAUUUUGAAGAAAGAUUUUGAUCUGUCUCUAAUACAGGGUCCUCCAGGGACUGGGAAGACCAGAACCAUAGUGGCCAUUGUCAGUGGCUUGCUUGCUUCACUACAAGGAACAAAGGAUACAAAAAAUUCUCUAAAGGGACAUUUGAAACAAGGUAAUGGUUUGUCCAUAACUUCAAGGCCAAAGAUUAACCAGUCUGUUGCAAUUGCCAGGGCUUGGCAGGAUGCAGCGUUGGCUAGGCAGUUAAACAAGGACGUGGAAAGAAAUGAAAAGUCUGUGGAAAGUUAUUUUAGGAGAAGGGUGCUAAUCUGUGCCCAAUCAAAUGCUGCUGUUGAUGAGUUGGUGUCAAGAAUUUCCAGUCAAGGACUUUAUGGCAAUGAUGGGAAAAUGUACAAGCCAUAUCUUGUAAGGGUUGGCAAUGCAAAAACGGUUCAUCCAAAUUCACUUCCAUUCUUUAUCGAUACACUUGUUGAUAAUCGUCUUGCUGAAGAGAGGAUGCAUUUGAGUGAUUCUAAGAAAGAUUCAGGUAUAGGCUCUUCUGCAGCAUUGCGUUCUAAUCUGGAAAAGUUAGUUGAUUGCAUUAGGUUCUAUGAGGCUAAGCGGGCUAACUUGAAGGAUGGAAAUUUGGACCUCAAAAAUUCUUUGGAAGAUGAAUUGCAUAAAGAGGAUGAAACAAAGCAAAUGUCAGAUUCUGAAUUAGAGAUCACACUAAAGAAAUUAUAUGAAGAAAAGAAACAACUUUUUAAAGAUCUUAGUGCUGCUCAGGUGCAAGAGAAGAAAACUAGUGAAGAAAUCAGAGCAAUGAAACAUAAGCUGCGGAAGUUGAUAUUAAAGGAUGCUGAAAUAGUGGUAACGACAUUAAGUGGAUGUGGUGGAGAUCUCUAUGUAGUUUGUUCUGAAUCUAUGUCAAAUUAUAAAUUUGCUUGUCCAUCUGAACAUACCCUAUUUGAUGCAGUUGUGAUUGAUGAAGCAGCUCAGGCACUGGAACCUGCUACUUUGAUUCCUCUUCAACUUUUAAAGUCAAAUGGGACAAAGUGCAUUAUGGUUGGUGAUCCGAAGCAGCUUCCUGCAACAGUUCUCUCUAAUGUUGCAAGCAAGUUUCUUUAUGAAUGUAGCAUGUUUGAGCGUCUACAAAGGGCUGGUCACCCAGUAACCAUGCUUACCAAACAGUAUAGGAUGCACCCAGAGAUUUGCCGGUUUCCCUCCUUGCACUUUUAUGAUAGCAAGUUGAUGAAUGGAGAGAAAAUGUCAAACAAAUCAGCAUCAUUUCAUGAGAUUGAGGUUCUUGGCCCUUAUUUAUUCUAUGACAUUAUGGACGGCCAGGAGCUUCGCGGUAAAAAUUCUGGUGCAUCGUCCCUUUAUAAUGAACGUGAGGCUGAAGCUGCAGUUGAACUACUACGAUUUUUCAAAAGGAGGUACUCAUCCGAGUUUGUUGGUGGUAGAAUUGGCAUCAUAACUCCAUACAAAUGCCAGCUCUCACUUCUGCGCUCUCGUUUUUCUAGUGCAUUUGGAUCAUCUGUUGUCGCUGAUAUGGAGUUCAAUACUGUUGAUGGCUUUCAGGGACGAGAGGUUGAUAUACUGAUACUUUCCACUGUUAGAGCAGCUGAUUCAAAUUCCUCUAUGAAUGAGUUGAGCUCCAGCAGUAUUGGGUUUGUCGCUGAUGUAAGACGGAUGAAUGUUGCCCUGACAAGAGCCAAGCUCUCCCUUUGGAUUUUGGGUAAUGCGAGGACCUUGCAGACGAACUGGAACUGGGCAGCUCUAGUAAAGGAUGCUAAAGAGAGAAACUUGGUCAUCUCAGCAAAACAGCCAUAUGAAUCCUUGUUCGAAACAGCUCCUAGGGAUACUUGCAGGAGAGAGAGUAUUAAUAAUCAUUCAAGACAGUCAAAGCAUGUUGAAAAUUUUAGAGGCAGCGGCAAACUAGGCAAACAAAAUGAACAGAAAGUGUACAGGGAUAAAAACUCUAUUCGUUCCGUUACUCGAUGCGAUGGUACUGUUGCUGGAGAUGGUAAGGAUUUUUAUGUACAAAGCAGCAAAAGAAAACCCAGAGAGGAACAUGAUCUUCCAGGGAAAAUGGAUCUUCCGAAAAAUUUCAAGUCUAUCAUUCCAGGGGAAUCUGUUACUGGUGAUGAAAGCAAGGGCAAAGACAGAAGUCAGAAGAAACUUAGCUCUGGUAAGAAGAAAGAUAAAUGUGCAAAUCCGAAGAGUACUAGGGAGCGUUCUGAACUUGAACUGGGUGAUGGCCACAAAAAUUUGAAAUUGAGCAUGUUGAGGGGACCAAAGAAAUCUAUUGAAGGUAAGAGAAGCCAGAAGAAUUUGGACAGUUCUACAUCCUCAGCUGAAGGCAGCCUCAAAAGUAAGGAGGUCAAUGACGGUAGAGAUCCUAAUCCUGUAGGUGCUUCUUUAGAUUUAAUUACAAAGAGGAAACAACAACGUGAAGCUGUUGAGGCCAUUCUAAACUCAUCUCUCAUUUCCUCCAAGAAGUCAGAACCAUCAACGAAAUCUAUGUCUUCCAAAAGGCCUCCUUCUCCAACCUCAGCUGUAAGUGGUGGAAUCAGACCACCCAAGACAAGAAAAGGUCCGCAGUAACCUGAAAAAGGUUUAUUGCAAAAUCAGAGCCAUCAGCACCGCAGUAAAAGUGAAAAUCUUUGUGAUUCCAGUAUGGUAUGGUGAAGUUGAAUUCCAUUUUUGAGAUUUUAGCGAAAGCCUAUUUUAUCAUCCCUGUAAUUUUUUGGAAGCUACAAAGAAGAUAGGGGGGCAGUUCUACUAAAAAGUGAAGAAACCCUACUUGAUCUUGAAUGUCAAGGUAAACCAUGGAUUGGAUAAGUUAGGUUUACGUCUUGUGGUUCAUUGUUGCAGACCCCCAGGGCAAUACAGCAUUGGUCUUGAAAAUAUAGAAAUAAUACUAGCGUGACUGAUCACUGUAGAUAAGUUUGAUAUUUGGUUCAUCACUGCAUGCCCUUGCAAGUUGUUUUUUUCCGGGCGAGUUUUGUCUAGAAGAUCUAGUUCAUAGUGCCUCUCUGAUGAUACCUUGUUCUGAGCGACCAAAACCCUGUGUACAUAUUGGUUCUUGUAAAUAUUUGUGACUUCAGCAAUGCCUAGCGUGAAAGCUCAGAAUUCUUGCAAGUUUUGCUCUCGGUCCUGCAUGUCGAUCACCCUAAAUAAAUGGAGGAUGCAAAAUUAUCAUGUUUUUUCCCAGCAAGUGAAGAUGUUGGGGAUCUGGAAUUUGUUUGGUGUAACCAUUCUGCAAAUAUUCCAGUCAAUGUAUUGCUUUGAUGUUUGAUGCAAUUAAACGUCUUAGAAAUUGUGUUUAUUUGCUAGAUUUAUUGCUGUUGCUUCAAAGUAAAAAGCAGGAGGAUAUGUAAUUGCCGGAUUUGUUCAAGAUCCACGAGCAUAGCUUUCGGCCCGUCCUGUUUGUUUCAUA